AUGAUCUGCAGCACGCCAGGCUCCUCUGGUCUCCACUAUCUCCCAAGUUUGCUUGAAUUCAUGUCCAUUGAGUCAGUGAUGCUGUCUAACCAUCUCAUCCUCUGCUGCCCCCUUCUCCUUUUGCCUUCAGUCUUUCCAUUCCCUCCUCCAGUGGACCACAUUUUGUCAGAACUCUUGACUAUGACCCAUCUGUCUUGGGUGGCCCUGCAUCUUAUGGCUCAUAGCUUCAAUGAGUUAUGCAAGCCUCUUCACCCCACCAAGGCUGUGAUCCAUGAAGGGGCUAGUUAUAUAUAUUACUCCACAAAUCAGUCACAGUCACACUGA